AUACUAGACUUGUACUAAUUUUCGACUCGUCCGUCCUCUCCUGUGCCUUCUGAACUUCUGAAAACUUCUCUCACUCUCUCUCUCUCUCUCUCUCUUUGUUCCUUUUACUCUAAAAAUUGAAACGAGUAUCAAACGCGCGCUCUUUUCCACCACGUACAACUCGUCGCAAAGAUGGGAAAGAAAAUUUCUGAAAAGUUUGUCAAACUGCUUUGUGACGUUUCGUUCGCAAAUACAGCGAUCGGCAGAAGAGACUCUGUAAUCCGGAUGGAAAUCGAGACGAGCCAGUGCAACACGAGUUUCGACCGUCGAGUGAUUCUGGUGGUUUUCGUGCACGCAGUACACCCCACACAGUCGCAAUGGCUACCCUAUCCUUGCGUAUCUCCAUCCCGGAGAAAAACGCCACGAAGAUGAUGCAAUUCGACCCGAGCACAUCCAUUUACGACGCUUGCCGUAUUAUCAGAGAGAAACUCGCUGAAGCGAGUAACAUGGGCCAACCGAAGGACUACGGAUUAUUCCUUGCCGACGAGGACGUGAAGAAGGGAGUUUGGCUGGAGCCAGGCCGGAAUCUCGAUUAUUACAUUCUGAGGAACGGCGAUCUGCUCGAGUACCGGCGUAAACUGCGGACCCUUCGCGUGCGCAUGCUGGAUGGAACGUUGAAGACGUUGCUGGUGGAUGACAGCCAGCCCGUUGCCAAUCUCAUGGUAGUAAUUUGUACGAAGAUAGGCAUCACGAACCACGAUGAGUACUCGCUGGUGCGCGAGCUGGCCGACGAGGAGACUGAAAACCAGAAGCCGGGCAAUUUCGGCACCCUCACGCUCAGGAGGAGGAAAGAGGAGAAAGGCGAGCGGGACGCGAAGAUGGAUCAGUUAAGGAAGAAGCUUAAGACCGACGACGAAGUGAACUGGAUAGAUCCCAGUAAGACGUUGAGGGAGCAAGGAAUAGACGAAUCAGAAACGGUGCUGCUGCGAAGAAAGUUCUUCUUUUCAGAUCAAAAUAUCGACAGCCGAGAUCCGGUGCAGUUAUCUCUUUUGUACGUUCAAGCAAGAGACGCAAUUCUAGAUGGCACGCAUCCGGUUACUCAGGAAAAAGCUUGUAUUUUUGCCGGAAUACAAUGCCAGAUCCAGUUCGGUGAUCACAAAGAAGACAAGCACAAGCCAGGCUUUCUCGACCUCAAGGAAUUUUUGCCGCAGUCCUACUUGAAGGUGAAGGCCAUCGAGAAGAAAAUUUUCGCAGAGCAUAAAAAGCACAUCGGCCUCUCUGAGCUUGACGCCAAAGUGCUGUAUACGAAAACAGCGAGAUCUCUGAGCACUUACGGCGUCACGUUCUUCUUAGUGAAAGAGAAAAUGAAGGGGAAAAACAAGCUGGUGCCUCGUUUGCUCGGCGUUACCAAGGACUCUGUUUUGCGACUCGACGAGAAAACGAAAGAAAUCUUGAAGACCUGGCCGUUAACUACCGUCCGACGUUGGGGAGCCUCACCGAACACGUUCACGCUCGACUUUGGCGAUUAUUCCGAUCAGUAUUACAGCGUACAGACCACGGAGGCAGAACAGAUUCUUCAACUAAUCUCUGGUUACAUCGACAUUAUUCUGAAAAAGCAGAAAGCUAAAGAUCACUUUGGUAUCGAAGGUGACGAAGGCUCAACGAUGGUCGAAGACAGUGUAUCGCCUUUGAAAGCAACGAUCAUGCAACACGAAACGAGCAACGUUGGCAAAGGGAACGUGGAAGCUGUGUCAGUUGCCAUACCAGCAGUUAUGAGAACCGGUGCAGAUGGGGCUCGACCAUAUGGAACCGGGCACAUGGGCGGUGCUCAAUACACGACUGUCAGCGGCCAGGUGAACAUCGCUCACGCUCCACCGAUGGUGCAACAAACCAAGGUCACAUCCGUCCUGUCUGAACCACAACGUGCCUUACUGUCGACCAUCACCGCUGGCCACGAGGUGAUCCACAUUGCGGAGACCGAGCUGUCCUGCAAGGCUCAGCUUCCGGAGCUGGGCACCGAUCCGGCCUCGUUGAAAUGGAUCGAGCAGACGAUCGAUACGCACAAGCAGAACGUUGGCUCGCAGAUCGCGGCGAUGAACGCCGCGACCGCUCAGGUGGUCACGCUGACUUCCGGCCCGGCCGACGAUGUCGAUCACACAGCGGUGGGUGCAGCUAUCACCACCAUUGCCACCAAUCUCCCAGAGAUGACGAAGGGCGUCAGAAUGAUCGCCGCCCUGAUGGAUGACGACUCUUCGGGAGACAAACUGCUGGAUGCGGCGAGAAAGCUGUGCUCCGCCUUCUCUGAUUUGCUCAAGGCCACGGAACCUGAAACUAAGGAGCCUUUCUACAUAGCGCUUUCUUCCUACGAACGAUACCCAAGGCAAAACUUGCUGAACGCCGCAUCCCGUGUUGGCGAGGCCUCUCACCAAGUGCUGACGACGAUCGGAGAGGAGAACGACUCGAACCGAGAGCUUCAGGACAUGCUAUUGGCGUUGGCCAAGGCGGUAGCCAAUUCGACCGCCGCUCUGGUGCUCAAAGCGAAGAACAUCGCGGCCACUUGCGAAGAUUCUGCAACGCAAAAUCGUGUGAUCUCAGCCGCCACCCAAUGUGCCCUGGCCACGUCGCAGUUGGUUGCCUGUGCGAAAGUUGUUGCGCCGACUUUGCACUCGCCGGCUUGUCAAACGCAAUUGAUGAACGCGGUGCGCGAGGUAACGAAGGCGGUCGAGGGCCUGUUGGAAGUCUGCAACGAAACCUGCAGCGACGAGACGUUGUUGAAAGAGCUGAACGCUGCUGCCACCGAGGUUAAAUCGCGUGCCAGGGAAGCUUGCGGUGGACUGGAGCUGGACGCAGCCGAGGAGCUGAUCAACAGUUUGAAAGACGAAUUGCGAGAGUUUUACGGGGCCGUGGAGGCUGCCUCUCUGAGACCUUUGCCCGACGAAACGCCGGAGUCCACUGCUCUUCGACUAGGCGCCACGUCGAAGAACGUGGGAUUCGCCAUGGCUCAGCUUCUGUCCGCCGCUAAGCAAGGAAACGAGAACUACACGGGCAGCGCGGCUAGAAAGACAGCGGCUGCUCUUAAAGAUUUAACUUACGCCGUUCGUGGCGUGGCUGCAACCUCCAGCCAACCUGAGACGCAGAAGAAGAUCUUGAUGACUGCCGAUGACGUGAUACUAAAAUCGUUGAGAUUGGUCAAAGAGGCUCGAAGAGCUCUGAAGAAUCCGGAUAGCGCGGAGAACGAGGCUAAUCUGGCCGCGGUCGCCAAGGAUGUGUCGAAUUCUUUGAACAAGUGUAUAUCUUGUUUACCAGGGCAAAGAGACGUGGACGAUGCGAUCAAGAACAUCGAAGACAUGACUCAAGUCCUCGGCAUGAAUGAGUUCCCGCAAACCAAUAAGAAUUACGGACAAUUGCAAACCGAUCUAAACAACGCAGCUGUGAAUUUGAACGAUGCUUCUUCAGGCGUGGUGUCGUCAGUACGUUCGCCAGUACAGUUAGCUAGUUCCUCCAAGCAGUUCACCAACGCUUUUGGGAACCUGUUGGGCGUCGGAAUGGAAAUGGCCGGUCAAACAACCAGCGAGACACGAAGUCAGGUGGUAGUCUCUUUGAAGAACGUCAGCAUGACAUCCAGCAAGCUUCUAGUAACUGCGAAAUCCGUAGCAGCCGAUCCAAGCGCUCCAAACGCAAAGAAUCAGCUGUCGGCAGCUGCACGAGCUGUGACAGAUUCCAUCAAUUAUCUCGUCGACGUGUGCACCUCGGCUGCACCUGGACAAAACGAAUGUGACAACGCUAUCAGAAAUAUUCAGUCGAUGAGCUCGCUCCUCGAUAAUCCUAGCCAACCGAUUUCUGACGCGAGCUACUUCGAGUGUCUCGAGACUGUGAUGGAGAAGAGCAAGAGCCUUGGCGAUGGAAUGACAGGCAUAGCCAAUCACGCGAAGAAAUCAGAGCACGAGCAGUUCUCAGUAGCAGUCAGAGGAGUCUCUUUGUCAAUCUGCGGAUUAAUAGAGGCAGCAGCUCAGGCUGCUUAUCUCGCUGGCGUGAGCGAUCCAACGUCGGUGCCUGGGAAACCAGGCUUGUUAGACGAGGCUCAAUUCCUUAGGGCCGCACAGGCCAUUCACACUGGCUGCCAAAGUCUAGGAAAUCCGACAAGCACCGAACAACAGGUUCUCUCAGCUGCUACCAUGAUAGCAAAGUACACGAGUGCGCUUUGCAAUGCUUGCCGCGAGGCGUCGAACAAAACUAGUAAUCCUGUUGCCAAACGUCACUUCGUUCAAUCAGCCAAAGACGUUGCCAAUUCCACGUCAAUUCUGGUGAAAGAGAUCAAGGCGCUGGAUCAGAAUUAUUCGGAGGCUAACAAGGAGAAGUGUGCGGAAGCUACUAAGCCGCUGUUAGAAGCAGUUGAUAAUCUAUGUACUUUCGCUGGAUCCUCAGAAUUCGCCAGUCAGCCUGCGAAGAUAUCCGUUGAAGCUAGAGCUGCUCAAGAACCAAUAACUGCAGCUGGUAAAGCUAUUAUCGAUGGCUCUUGCGCUAUGGUGCGAGCUGCCAAGAGUCUGGCGGUCAGUCCGAAAGAUCCUCCAACCUGGCAGUUAUUGGCAAACCAUAGCAAGAGCGUCAGCGAUUCGAUAAAAGCUUUGGUCGCUUCUAUCCGCGAGAAGGCACCUGGCCAGAAGGAGUGCGACACCGCGAUCGAGAAACUGUCAGCCCGAAUACGAGAAUUGGAUGCUGCGUCUUUCAGCGCUGUUUCGCAGUCGCUGAUUCCGCGGAGAGAGAACACGAUGCAAGCGUUCACCGACCAAAUGGAGAACAGCGCUAGCGAGCUGCGAGAAAAAUUGGAGCCUCUUCGAACAGCUGCCAAGUACGAAGCUGAAAAUGUAGGACACGCUGUCAAUCAGAUUGCUUUGUAUUGCGAGCCUUUGGUUUCUGGUGCUAUCGGUGCUGCUUCGAACAUGGUGCACUCGAAACAACAAAUCGUGCUGCUGGAUCAGACGAAAACCGUCACCGAGUCUGCUCUGCAGCUCGUUUGCGUGACGAAAGAGUCUGGUGGUAAUCCAAAGGCUGUUACUCUGCACACUGAAGUAGACGAGAUGGUGGAAUCUAUGAAAGACGCGCUGCACGAAUUGCAGAACACCUUGGAAGCCAUUUCGACAUCAUACGGCAUUGUUACUGGCCUGAUUGAUACUAUUUCUCGAGCCAUGGUUAGAUUGGAAGAUCACAGAACAUCUACGAUCGACACGGUGGAUUCUUACGUGGAUUAUCAAACGAGAAUGGUGGAAGCUGCUAAGGAGAUCGCUCGGUUAGCACAAGAAAUGUCAACCAAAUCCAGCACUGAUGUAGCCAGAUUAAGUCCCCUUAUAGUGGACAUCUCCCACAAGUACACUCAGCUAGCCCGCGACACAUCCGGUGCCUCAGCGGCUGCAUCUAACGCUGAAGUGUCAACAAGGCUUCGCACAAGCGUCCAGGAGCUUGGCAAAGCUUGCGUUGACAUCGUUAGGGCAGCAGGAACGUGUCAAAUGUCAUCAGGAGACGCUUACGCUCAAAGAGAGGUCGCAGAGCACAGCAAGAUCGUCACAGAAAAAGUAUCUCAGGUGCUUGCAGCUCUUCAAGCUGGUUCUAGAGGCACGCAAGCGUGCAUCAACGCUGCGAGCACCGUGUCAGGCAUCAUCGGUGAUCUGGACACAACGAUUAUGUUCGCCACUGCUGGAACCCUGCACGCAGAGAACGAAGGCGACACUUUUGCCGAUCAUCGAGAGAACAUCCUGAAGACAGCCAAGGCUCUCGUCGAAGAUACGAAAACUCUGGUGGCUGGUGCAGCCUCGUCUCAAGAACAGUUGGCAGUAGCAGCCCAAAAUGCGGUUUCGACUAUUGUUCAGCUUGCUGAAGUAGUUAAAUACGGUGCAGCCAGUUUGGGCAGCCAGAACCCCGAGGCACAAGUAAUGUUAAUCAACGCCGUGAAGGACGUAGCUUCUGCACUUGGCGACUUGAUACACGCCACCAAAGCAGCCAGUGGAAAACCUAUCAACGACCCCAGUAUGGCACACUUGAAGGACUCCGCCAAGGUGAUGGUGACCAACGUAACGUCCCUGCUGAAAACGGUGAAAGCUGUGGAAGACGAGCACACUCGCGGUACCAGGGCUCUGGAAUCGACCAUCGAGGCGAUAGCACAAGAAAUUCGCGCCCUAAACACUCCGGAGAUGCAAAGGAGCAACGUGACGCCAGAGGAUCUCGUCCGAUGCACGAAGAGCAUCACCACGUCAACGGCGAAGGCUGUGGCUGCAGGGAACAGCUGCAAACAGGAUGACAUAAUCGCGGCUGCGAACAUGGGACGAAAGGCCAUCAGCGACAUGCUGACCAUUUGCAAAGGGGCAGCGUACAAUUGCGCGGAAACGGCCGAACUGAGGGAUAGAACUCUUCAGGCUGGCCACGACGUCGCCAUUAAUUACAGAGAGCUGUUGCAAGCUAUAUUGCAGAUAUCUUCGAGAUCCGGCGACGCGAAGCACACGUUGCCACCGAUUAGCCGAAAGAUCGCGCAGAGCGUCACCGAACUGGUGGCUGUGGCUGAAUUGCUCAAGGGCACCGAUUGGGUCGAUCCCGACGACCCGACAGUCAUCGCCGAAAAUGAGCUACUAGGUGCUGCCGCUAGCAUUGACGCUGCUGCGAAGAAACUUGCCAGCUUGAGACCCAGAAAGAGCAUACAGGAGGCAAGCGAAGACAUGAACUUCGACGAAAUGAUCCUGGAAGCAGCGAAAUCUAUCGCGGCCGCUACAUCGGCGCUCAUAAAAGCAGCCAGUGCCGCUCAAAGAGAGUUGAUAGCAACCGGAAAGGUUUCUCGAACACCCCUAACCAGUUCUGACGAUGGCCAAUGGUCCGAAGGCCUAAUCUCUGCCGCGAGAAUGGUCGCGGCUGCAACCCACAGUCUCGUGGAAUCUGCAAACGCUCUGGUACAAGGUGUCAGCUCUGAAGAGAAAUUAAUUUCCAGCGCGAAACAGGUAGCCAGUAGCACGGCGCAAUUAUUAGUCGCUUGCAAAGUGAAAGCGGACCCGGACAGCGACAGCACGAAACGUCUUCAAGCAGCUGGAAACGCCGUGAAACGCGCUACCGAUAACUUGGUACGAGCAGCCCAGCAGGCUAUUCAACAAGAGGAAGAUAGAUCUUUGAUUUUAAAUCGUAGAAUGGUUGGAGGCAUCGCUCAGGAGAUAAACGCUAGAUCGGAAGUCCUUCGUAUCGAAAGAGAAUUGGAGGAAGCUAGAGGAAGACUCACUGCUAUUCGACAGGCCAAGUACAAGAGAUCAGAUACUGAUACCGAUACAGAUGCCGAUCAGACUGGCUACGAGAGCUACACAACCAGAUAUGAGACCAGAGCUUACGAGACUCAAUCGCAGACAAACUACAGCACGUACCAACAGCAUUCUACAACGCACAAUAUUAACCAACUUAGUUCUGAUAGACAAACUCUGGUUAGCCCUGAGAAAGUUCAUUCAACGCAGAGCACAUUGGAAAGGAAAAUGAAAGAGAGUCAGUAUCGAUCCAUGAUGGAAAAUCAAUAUGGUUCAGUUGAGAAGAAGUAUAACGAAAGCCAAUACGACAGACGGUAUACUUCGGACAGUCCAUACGUUGUUACUGAAAAGAAAAUGACUAUGGACAGCUCAUCCGGUCAGUACAGUUCUAUCGAAAGGAAGAUCAAUAAAGAAAGCUACAAUACCGAGGCGACCAUGUUGUAAUGUUUGCAACACUCUUUUGCAAGUCAAUUUAUUAAUGACAAUGUUAACACUGCAAUGAUAAGACAUCUUCUUACAAUCGAUUUUAACAAUCUUUUACAUAAUAUCAGCACUUACUGAAUGAAUUAAUAACUGUUGCCCUCUAGGGGAUGUAAACGAUACGGGGAUGAUACGAUUAGAUGUAAACGACAAUCUAUAAAAAGAGGGAAAAGGAAUAGGGAGAAAGUUAAUG